CUGGGACGCAAAGGCGAGUGGAACAGUAGGUGGCACCGCGGCCGAGUGUGGCCAGCGCGGACUCGACUGAACUGCCCACAUCGAGUGCCUUUCGGGGCACUACUGGCCUCACCGCACCAUGACGCAGCCCCAACAUCUACGGCAAUGCACGGGGUCGAUGGCAUUUCCAUAUUCAAUCAGCCGCAGUGAUGCAAUACGGCGCCCCACAGCCCUCACUCCGUUGCUUUGGCAGCGAACAACUCCACCAGCACGACUACUCCCGCAUUGCAUGCAUUGUUCCGGCGUGCUAUCGGUUUGCGAAGAGCCAUGGUAUGUGCCUGAUCCACGCGUCGACCCUUCGCCACAGCCCCUCGUCGAACCGAGUUGAGACGUCCCUGUCGUUGGGAUCGAGCUCGCCCACGACGAGCACGUCGUCCACCUUGAGCUCGCAGGACGAAGCAGCAUCCACUGCCAUGCUUGAUCUAUACCGUCAAUCAUCCCCGCGAGGCAGCGACGCACCCGACCUCCAUGACAUUCGCAACAAGUCGUCUCGUCGGUGCUUCAUUUCCAGUUGCCACAAGUUUGCCCGCAUUGCUGGCCUGUGCACCCAACACAACAUGAAACUCAGCAACCAGCGACGAAAAUGCAACGUCGACGAGUGCCGGUCGUACGCUCGUACCGCUGGUCUGUGCAUUCGCCACGGGGGUGGUAAAAUGUGCUCUGUUGAAGGAUGUAACACUGUGCAGCAGUCCGGUGGCCUCUGCCGCGCCCAUGGCGGUGGGUCCAAGUGCAAACCGUGUAAACACGACGGGUGCACGCACUUUGCACGUGUCGGAGGGCUCUGCGGCCAGCACAAACACCACGCUACAACGCCGUCGCUCCCGAGUUUGCCAUCGGAUCGAGGGACGUAGAUAACUUAUAACGUGGUCGCACGCGGCUGCUCUCCGUGUGCCUUCUCGACAUGUCUGAGCUUUGGCACCAUUCCUCCGACAUCAAAAUUGCACAUUCCUGGCAGUUAAUGCGUAAAUUUGCACCAUGUACCGAGCAUCGAAUAUUAUUUUUAAUCUGUCAAUAUUUACCAAUCCCCGUAGUGGA